CGUAGACGGCGUUCGUUCGUUCGUGGUCGCCGUGUAGCGCCGGCCAACAACGAAGCCUGCGAACGUCGUGCAAGAGACCCUGCCUCCGUGUCUCUGGCGAACCGAGACGACGUCGAAAGUCCUCCGGGCUCCUUCGUGGGGAUCAACGGUGGACCGAAAGUGGUGGACGUGCUAGGCCGUCGGCCGACCGCGGCCAAUGCCAGUCACCAGUGAAACGUGAAACGCGAAACUGGGCGAAAGUUUCGGCCGUUCUGCCGGCGACACCACCGGACACACGGCUUCAGCCAAAAGAGGGAGGGCCGCGACCCGGAGCUACGCGAAAUCGUGCGGGUCUCGUUAAGAGCUGGCCCGGGCCUGCCGAGCGGGUCAUUCGGAUGACGAGUGCCGUGCUGUGUCCUUGCACUUUGUGUGUUUAUGUACGCUUCGGCCCACGGUGUCCUACGGUUGUUGUCGACGACGACGCACGAGCUCAGAGAAGACAUGCGCGAGGGUGAGCCGUGACCCUGGACGAAGAAGAAGAGGACCGAACAUGCCGCGAUCUAGGAGGACGUUUCCCGAGGAUUCGCCGUGGAUCCGUUAUGUCGCCGUGGCGACCGUAUUGGUGCUGUUUGCUGGACUCGAUCGGGUGACAGGAUGCCAAUUCUACCCCGUUGGAGAGUACCUGAAAUUCGUGAGGGUGCCGGAGAACCUUGCGAAGGGUACGGAAAUCCUGUCACUGGAGGCUCACCCGAGGAAUCACAUCUCGAUUAUGCCAGUCGACAGAGACGAGGACGCGCGCUUCUUCGCUUACAAACAGGCGAACAAGACCCACGUGUCCCUGGUGCUGGCGCAGUCCUUGGAGGAUCUCGUCGACACGGAGUCACCUAGAAAUCUGCUGAAGUUCCGCGUGGUCUGCGAUUACAACGACGGCGGCGAUUCAAUGGUGACAUCGCACCUGUCAGUGACGGUCUACGUGGAGGACAUAAACGAUCAUGCUCCGCAAUUUGUCGAUGCGCCUUAUCACGUAACCGUGGACGAGCUUACGCCAGUCGGUGUCACGAUAUUUCGUGGGAUCCACGCGGUGGACGGUGACAAGCCGAACACGCCGAACAGCGACGUCCACUACGCGAUAGUGAAAGGCAACGAGCUGGGGAAAUUUUCACUCGAAUCCGGCCACAGAACCGCUCUCAUACUCCGUAAACCGGUGGACUACGACAACGGCGAUCGCGAGUUCACGCUGGUCAUCGCGGCCACGGACCGCGGCGUGCCCGCCAGGACCACGAACACCACCGUCAGGAUCACGAUCGCCGACAACGACGAUCUAGACCCGAAGUUCUCCCGCGACGUCUACAAGGCGAAGAUCCACGAGUUCUAUCCCAUGCCGGAGUACCCGAUCUUCACGCAGAUCAACUUCAGCACGCCGAUGCAAGCGACGGACUGCGACAUGGACAUCAACGUACCUGUCCGGUACGACAUCAUCUCGGGGAACGAGCGGGGCUUCUUCCAGCUGGACCCGAAGAACGGCACGCUGUUCCUGAAGCGUGCCAUCGACCUGGACGCCGAGAAGAACCUACCCUCGAACACGUUCACCUUGCAGGUCCACGCGUCCCAGGUGGACAAUCCGCUGAAGACAGCGGUCGCCCGUGCCGAGGUCGAGGUGCUGGACCUGAACGACAACCUGCCGGAGUUCGAGGUGGACCUGUACAACAUCAGCAUCGUGGAGAACCUGCCGAACGGUUUCAGCGUGCUGCAAGUGAUCGCGCGCGACAGGGACCAAGGAGAGAACGGCCAGUUCGACUACGAGCUGCGCGACCCUUCCGGCGCGUUCUCGGUGGACCCGAAGUCCGGUUGGCUGACAGUGAAGGACCAAUCGGUGCUCGAUCGCGAGAAGAGGAAUCAUCUGCGUAUGAAAGUGCUCGCGAUCGAGAGGAGGCCCAGCGUCGUUCGCGGCGACGACUCUCGCCGCGUGAACGGAUCGUCCGUGGACGUUGAAGUCACUCUGCUGGACGCGAACGACAAUAACCCGAUCUUUGUACCCGGCAAUCUGUACGAGAUGGUCGCCAGGAGCGACUACAAGGUGGGCACUGUGCUGGGCCAGGUACACGCAGUCGACGAUGACCUCGGGCCCAACGGCAUGGUCAAGUACAGGCUUCAGAAACCUGGGAACACGACGACCCGCACGCCGCCGUUCCACGUCGACGAGAUCACCGGCACGAUUACCGUCGCCGAGAGCCCGAUCCUCGAAGGAAGACACGCCAUCUUCGUCGAGGCUGCUGACCAGCCUGCUAACCCCAGCGAGAGACGGUUCUCAUUGGCGGUGGUCACCAUCGAUAUCUUCCGAUCGAACGGUCCGGAGUCAUUGGAACCAGACUUCGUCGGAGCCCCUUAUGAGUUUUGGGUCGGUGCCAAUGUGCCAGUCGGCACCAGCGUCGGUCAAAUCCGCUUAAACGACGCCGUGAAGACAAACGAUUUGAUCUACGAUCUCCUGCACAGCUACGAAGACGGGGUUCCGUUCGCCGUCGAGGAGCGCUCCGGGACGAUCACGGUCGUCGACGAGAUCGAGCGGUUCGACCGGUCGACGUACGAUUUCGAGGCGGUCGUUACCGACGAGAGGGACCUAAUGCUGAUCACCAACGUCUCGAUCCACGUGGUCGACCCUAACGACGAGAGGGGGAUCUUCACGAGGGGAACGACCACCGCCCCUCUGGUGUUCCACGCGAAGGAGAACGUGCCGGGCACGUACAUCGGGCAGGUGCUUCCUCAAAACAGCACCGGCACGUCCGCCAGCGGCACCCGGUUUUUUAUCGUCAAUCAGCAGGACGUCCCCGAUAUCUCGAUCACGGAGGACGGCGCUUUGUACGCGCCGCAAGGCCUCGACCGCGAGACCAGGCAGAAUUAUAGCAUCACCGUAAUUGCAGAGAGCCACCGUGGGGUCGGAGUUUUCCAAGUGACAGUCAUCGUUCUCGAUGAAAACGAUCACCCGCCGAUGUUCACGGCGUCCUUGUACGAAGGACGAAUCCUCGAGAACAGCCCGCCCGGGACCAAAGUCAAUUUGUCGUCUCCUAUCGCAGCCACGGACCGAGACGAAGGUAUCAAUCAAAACUUUGUCUUCAGUCUUCACGGUCAAGGCAGCGAGCUUUUCAGGAUCCAUCCCACAACCGGUUUAGUAUACUUCGAGGGAAUCGAUGAGCGCACCCUCGACAGAGAGGCGAAAGCCAACUACACCUUCAAAAUCGUCGCCACAGACAAUGGCGGUCUGCGGUCUGAAUCCGAGCUGAGGGUAUCGGUGAUCGACGUGAACGACAACGCGCCGAGCUUCAUCAGAAUGAUCGUGCUGCCGGAUCAGGGUGUGCGCGUCUCGAGCGAGCCAGAUACCGAGGCGGCCUUCGAGAGGAACGACGUGCUCGAUACGGGCGAGCCUGCCGCCGGAAGCCGGGCCCCGAGCAGCCGUCGAUCACCUCUUCUUCUGGUGCCGGAAAACGCGACGAUCGGCGCGCCGAUAAUACGGCUGUUCGCCGAGGACAAGGACGAGGGAGCGAACGCGGCGAUAACGUACAGCCUGGGGAACGAGACGACAUCCGGCGACGACGUAGGCUCGCGUCGAUUCGACACCACCAGCCGUAGAUACUUCCACCUGGACCCAAGGUCGGCCGAGAUAUCGGUGGCCAGAGGUCUGCCGGCCGAGAGGAACAUCCGGCUGCUGGUCCUGGCCAAGGACACCGCCGGUCUGACGGACAACAUCACGGUCAGGAUCCACGUGGAGGACGUGAACGAUCAUCCGCCGAUCUUCGACAAGUCCUGGUACACGUUCGACGUCUCCGAGGGCGUCUACGCGGGCUACGCGGUCGGCACCGUCCGCGCCUUGGACACCGACUUCGGUGCGAACGGGAACGUCAGCUACGAGCUGGUCUCCGGGAACGAGAGCCCGGAGAGCCCGCAGAACGUCUCGAGAACCUUCGACGUGGCACCUCGCGAGGGGAUCAUCAGGGUAACAGGGAUGCUUGACAGAGAAACUGCCAGCACUCACCGACUAGUUGUGAUCGCUCGCGACGAUGGCUCUCCUCGGCUAAGUUCGACGGUGGAGAUCGAGGUGAACGUCGUGGACGUGAACGACAAUGCCCCGAUGUUCUACGGCUACGACGAAACCGAGAACGACGUGGAAGGGAACAGCCUGCCGAUCUACCACGCGUCCAUUUUCGAGAACAGCCCGAUAGGCACCCAAGUGACCAGGGUGCACGCGAACGACUCCGACUUCGCCGGGAACGGCAACGGGCUGAUCCUCUUCGACCUGAGCCAUCAGGGCGAGACGGAGAAGCAGUACUUCGCCGUGGACAGCAAGGAGGGCACGAUCACGACGAUCGGCAACAUCGAUUACGAGGCCCGGAAGAUCCAUCGGCUGAUGGUAACCGCCAGCGAUCUUGGCUCGCCGGUCAGCCUGACGUCCACGGCGGUGGUGUUGGUGACGGUGGUGAACGUCGACGACGACCAGGACGAGGCCGGCAACGAGCUGAAGAAGUCGCCUUCGUUCAGGCAUCGGUACUACGAGGUGGAGGUCGAGGAGAACGUCGAGGUGCCGGUCGAGGUGGCGCAGCUCGACGUGGUCGACGGACACCAGAGCGAUCAUAUCCGUUACAGCAUCGUCGCGGACGACUCCAGCUCGCGGGAACACUUCUCGAUAGACUCGAGGAACGGCUCCCUGUAUCUGACGACGGACGUGGACAGAGAGGUGAACGAUCGAUACGAGGCCAAGGUCAGAGUCGACAGGGUGAAGAUUGGUCGCGGAAUGCCCGUGAUGAUUUACCCGGUUGUCGGUGAAAGGCUGAAUGGUCUGGCGCCUAACGAGGCCAGGGUCGUUGUCAGGGUGAAGGAUGUCAACGACAAUGCGCCCAGAUUCAAGUCAAAGGGCCGGCCCAUCCUCGCCGCGAUACCCACUACCGCCCAUUAUGGCUACGAGGUUGUCAAAGUCGAGGCGGAGGAUCCGGACGAGGGUGCGAACGCGGAGAUCCGGUACCAGAUUCUUGGCCGGGAAGACGCCCCGCGGUUCGCCAUUGACCCACUCAGCGGUCAAGUACGGUCCGUGGCGAGUUUUGGCCGCGAUGCUGGACGCGUGUUCGGCUUCGACGUCAAGGCCACCGACAGACGGGGCGCCGAGAACGGACGCAGCAGCAUCGCCAAUGUCUUCGUGUACGUGCUGGACGACCAGAAACAGGUCGUGAUGGUCGUCGGACGGAGACCGAUGGACUUGGAACCGCAACUCGAGAACAUCACUGCGGUACUACAAAACGUGACGGGUCUGGACGUUCGUGUCAGAAAGUUGGAGCCACACAUUGAAAAGAACCUGAUCGAUACGACGUCUACGGACAUUUAUCUCUAUGCUAUCGAUCCUCACUUAAACGUCAUGAUAGAUAUGGAUACUUUGCACAACGUGUUCCACAAGAAGAAGACGGACAUCAAGCGCGAGUUGGAGGAAUACGAUAUCCUCGACAUCGCCGGAAGUUCUCCGCGACGUGGUAAUCAACGCUACUUACUGUCCACCCUAGAAGUGGGCGUCGUAGUGCUCGGCUGUGUCGUCUUUGUGGGCGCCCUCGUCAGCGCUCUUUGUGUCACUUGUGUCCGUCGAAAUAAACGUCGGAAGCGCCGGCAGAAAGCAAUGUUCUCGACGACCAGCCCGAUUGGAUUCGCAUUGGCAGAUCCGACCGCGACGCUGCAGAAGCCGCCGCUCUUCUCGACCUUCGUCGACGGCCUUCACUACGACCCCGAACCAUUCUGCACCGACAUGCCGAGGCGGCAGAGCAUCUGCGAGCACGGAGCCAACUGUGUUCGCUUCCACGCAGCCGGGGCUGGUUGCAGGAUUGGCGGUAGUAGUAAGCACGCCGUGAGGACGACAGGGACCCCGAAAGGCCUCGAGGCAUCCGCGACGUCCUUGCAUUCCAGCGGUCAGGAUUCUGGGAUCGUGGCGCGCGCCUCCUGCCACUGCAGUCACUCGUCGAGCCCCUCCAGCGGCGAGAGCAGCAACGGGUACGAGGACUCUCUGAAGUCGUUGCAGCGUCGCGAAAGGGUGAACGACAUGUCGCGCGGCAGCCACGACACGGCCAGCAUCGUUGGUAGACGCGCGAAUCAGGCGAACACCAGGCGGCGGCAACGUUUUAAUUCUCUCUCGAACGGGGAGUCCGUGUACUCCCAUGAGAUGACGUUGCAGAGGGAGCAACGUUGCUGCGUCGGGACGGAAAGGCGGCGGAAGAACGACGGGCACACGCGCGAGCACCGUCGCGCGCAUUCCGAAGCGGAGAACAAUAUCACCGAGACGGUGAUACAUGAACAUCCCGGGACCGAGAUUUCCCUGUCGAGCUCGUUGCAGAAUACGUCGAGCAUCCACGGUGCAUCGAGGAGCAGCCACAUGCUAUACUGAGGUCGGACAGCCGAAUGGGAGGCAGAGUCUCCGAAAGGAAGCGAGGUAGACAGUCUUCCUGGCCAUGAGUGAUUCUUAUUGUCCAUAGUGCGAGAUAAUUCGGGCUUCGCCACCGCGAUCUGCUCUUUUCUCGCACGAUGGUUCCAGCGUGACGAGCGAUAAGAUUCAUCUUCGACGAUCAUUCGUGUUUGCGAGUAUAGCUUUCCAGCUGCGCCGGUUUUGUUCCUGUUUCCGGACACAAUACAACGUUCGUUCUCCGCGUCACGCGCGCGAGACGAUCGGCCGCUCGCACGACGCACCGGGAAAUUCGAUGCUCGAAGGGUACUUUUUAAUUCGCGGCGGACAAAGAUUUCACGUCUUCCGCCGGUGUCGCGCGAACUAGAAGAUUCCCGUUAUCUAACCGCGAUUUUCAAGCAUCGCCAUGCCGAGUUAGGGCGCCGAGAAUGGGAAACGAAGCGUCGACCUCGAAGCCGCGCGAACAAGUUCUCUUACGGAAAAUGUGUCAUCCCGUUACCAAAGUAUGUACUCAUUAAUACGAAAGUCGCUCAUUGUUCUUGUAAAUACGCGUGAUGAUCUGUGUGUCUACGCCUCGAGGACCGUUAUCAUUAUUACUAUUAUUAUUAUUAUUAUCCUUUUUCUUUUUAUAUCCGCGCCGCGAACGUCCGUUCGUCGCGCACGAGCGUUCGAAGGAACAUGUAAAUGUUUCGUGUACAGUACGGUGUACAUUUUGCGUCGAAGGUUGUGUGAAUAGUGUGUAUUGUAACGUUCUCGUGUAGUCUACUUGUUUAGGUACUUUGUCCGAGAUUCGCGUCGGAUCGACGGGAUCGAUCUCGCCGACGAACUUUUACGGUUCGAUUUACACUUGAAUACUUUUCACUUUUAAUAGAACGCUCAACAUUGUAUAUUAAUUGCGAUAAUUUGCUCCCGCACAAUUUCCUCGGGAGUCCAGAUAAUCACAAAAAUCAUUUAUCCCGUCACUUUAUUCUCAUUUUUUCCCCGCAAGUUCGUCCGCGAAGAUCGACGCCUCGGCGUUCCGACGAAUAUCACCCGAGCCUCUUGUGAAUACACGAAUUUUGUAACGUCCCCUGCUUUACGACCUACGAGAUCGAUUAAUAUAUUUAAAAUCACUGUAAGAAAGUGUAACAUAUGUAUGUAAUAUUGUAUAAUUUAUACCGCGGGCCGGGAUGGCCCGGCGAACCGUAACCGUGUUAAUAAAUCGUUAAUAAAAGCAAAUGCCGACAACA